AUGGCCAACCCAAACUGGCAAACCAAGCUGCAGGAUACUUGCCGCGGAUACCAAAUCGCCGCCCCAACCUUCCAAAUUGUCUCUGACCGACGAGGCGGCCGCACCGCUUGGUCUAGCACCGUGACUGUCUACGGCUCAGUACACUCCGCCCGGUUUUGGUACGACGGCAAACAUGUCAACAACGCCAAGGAGGACGCCGCUGAGGUUGCCCUGACGUGGCUCAGGCAGAGACCAGCUCCUUUGCCGAUUACGAUCCGGGCGACUCGGUAA